ACAGAACGCACCUGUUACGCACCCUUUUCCUAUUUCAGCUGCCGUCGUGGGGUGCAGAGACCAUCUCCCUUGGCUUCGUAUAAAUACUCUGGCAUGGCCAACUACCUAUCCUGACCUAUAGCCGCGAGCUCCAGACUUUCGGCACUUCACUCGACAAAUGGUUCGCAAAUCGCUCGUCUUCGCCGCCGUUGCGGCAUGGCAGAGCCAGACGGCGCUGGCGGGCGUGCUGGACCUCAUCAGCAACCUCCCGACGGGCUGGUUGGAGGCUAGCCUGCCGGAAGUUACCCAUCGCAUGACGCUGCAAAUCGGCCUCAAGCAGCAGAACCAGGACAAGCUGAUCUCCCGCCUGUACGAGGUCUCGACGCCCGGGCACCCCAACUACGGCAAGCACCUCGACCGCGACGAAGUCAACACCAUGGUCCAGCCCACCGAGGAAUCCGACAAGGCCGUGCGCGACUGGCUGGAGUCCGAAGGCGUCACGGACAUCCACAGCGACGGCCACUGGGUCACGUUUUCCACUCACGUGGGCGUCAUGAACAAGCUGCUGGACACGACGUUCAAGUUCUACGACUUUGGCGGCACAAGGAAGCUCCGUACCACCAAAUACUCGGUCCCGGACGAGGUCCACGACCACAUCGACCUCAUCUGGCCCACCACCUUCUUCGGCCAGACCAGAGGCCACGGCUCGAUCAAUGGCCACGGCACGGCGAAGGGAUUGGACAAGAUCCCCAACUUGGAGCAGAUGGCCGGCAACGCUACCCUGGACGUCGUGUGCGCGACCGCGACGCCCGAAUGCCUCAAGAUGCUCUACAACAUCGGCAACUACACGGCGGAUGCAUCCUCGGGAUCGCGGAUCGGGUUCGGCAACUUCCUCAACGAGUCGGCCAGCUACCGGGACCUCGAGCUCUUCCAAGAUGCGUUCAAGAUCCCGGGGCAGAACUUCUCGGUGGAGCUCAUCAACGGCGGUGUCAACGACCAGGAGCCCGGCGAGAACCACGGCGAGGCCAACAUGGACGUGCAGACCAUCAACGGCGUCUCGCACCCCCUCCCCAUCACCGCGUACAUCACGGGCGGCAACCCGCCCUUCAUCCCCAACCUCGACGAGCCCGAGGACAACGGCAACGAGCCCUACAUGCCCUUCUACCAGCACCUGCUGAACAAGACCAACGCCGAGCUGCCCCAAGUCAUCACCAACUCGUACGGCGACGACGAGCAGACGGUGCCGGCGCCGUACGCGCGGCGCGUGUGCAACAUGAUUGCGCAGCUGGGCCUGCGCGGCAUCACGGUGCUGGAGAGCAGCGGCGACACGGGCAUCGGCGGGCCCUGCCAGAGCAACGACGGCAAGAAGACACUCGAGUUCACGCCCACGUUCCCGGGCACGUGCCCGUACAUCACGGCCGUGGGCGGCACGACGGGCGUUUCCCCCGAGAAAGCCUGGUCCGGCAGCACGGGCGGCUUCUCGGCGUAUUUCCCGCGGCCCGCGUACCAGGACGAGGCCGUCACGACGUACCUGGACAAGCACGUCAGCGCUGAGACGCGCGCGUACUACAAGCCGUAUUUCAACGCGUCGGGGCGCGCGUUCCCGGACGUGGCCGCCACGAGCUUGACCCCGGACUACGUGAUCGUCAACAACGAGAAAAUCGAGCUCACAGGCGGCACCUCUGCCGCGGCGCCCGUCUUCGCGGGCAUCGUCGCCCUGCUCAACGACGCGCGCCUCCGCGCCAACAAAGCCCCCCUCGGCUUCCUGAACCCCUGGCUCUACGCCGAGGGAUACAAGUUCAUGACGGAUGUCACGGCCGGCGCGUCCGAGGGCUGCAAUGGCGUCAAUGGCCAGACCGGUGAGGAGUACGAGGACAGCGGCAUCAUUCCUGGCGCCGCGUGGAACGCGACUGAGGGCUGGGACCCGGUGACGGGCUUCGGCACCCCGGAUUUCGCGAAGCUGUUGGAGGCGGUCGGCGGGCUGUCGUAGCGUGAAGUCCGUGAGGGGUGCGGCGUUUGGUG